UUGACAGAUAAACAAAAAUACUCCACGCACCGUAAUGAAGCAACUGUUUACAAAUACAAGAAACCGCUUGAAAUUGAAUAAUGACCUUUUGUAGAAUAUGUGCGGAAGAUAUAGCGGAAGCUGCCGUCUCGAUUUUCGAAGGAGCCGAACAGCUCGCUGCAAUGAUCAACGAAAUAUGUGGACUACAGAUAUCGGAAAACGACGGUCUGCCUGAUGUUGCUUGUUGUACCUGUGUGGCCGAAUUACAAGCUGCGAUAAAAUUGAAACAUAAAUGUUUGGAGUCGGAUGCCGCAUUGCGAAUUCUUUUGGACAGUAACAAAACUAAGAAUAGCAUAAACACAACUAACGGUAUAGUUGGGACUGCUGAAAUAAGUUAUCAUAUUGUAUAUGAAGAAAUUGUGGAGCCUUUCAAACAACGAGUUGACAUAUCCAAAGGCAUUGCAGAAACUGGUUGCAAAAUAGAUUUGAAGGAGCUCAACGACGCUCCCUCAGAUUGUGUCAGUCGAAAACAUGAUUGCAACAGUACGAAAAAAGUCAUCAGCACCUCAAAUGAUGCAGAUGUUAUUGUGAAUUCUGAUUCAAAAUACGUUUGUUGUGGUUGUGACAUCGCUUUUGAAAAUAGAGAACUUCUUCUUGAGCAUUCAAAAUUAACGCAUGAGAAUCAAAAAUCUCUAAACGAAGAACGACCCUUCGAAUGCGCAAUUUGCUACAAACGCUAUACAUCCGAGCGAGGGUUGAAACUACAUCGGAGAAGCGCACUCGCUUUCAAACAUCAUCAGUGCGCCAUUUGUGGCAAACGAUUCGGCAAUCGUGUGAUUCUAGCAAACCAUGAAUUAACCCACACGAAAGAAAAACCCUUCGCAUGUCACGUAUGCCCAAAGAGUUUUGGCUCUCAGUCGAAUCUUUUAUCGCAUGUCAAACUCCAUUCCAGCAUCCCAGAACAUACCAAACAUGUAUGCCAUAUUUGCAAGAAAGGAUUCAGUCGAAAAAGUUACCUCAAACAUCAUAAUGCAUUGCUUCACAGCGAGAAUAAACCGUUCGCUUGUACGCUCUGUCCGAGCAAAUUCAAAGCCAAAUCAAAUCUGCGGCUGCAUCUUCGAACCCACACACAGGAACGUCCUUAUUCGUGUGAGCUCUGCAAUAAAAGUUUCAUGUAUCCAACCGACAAGAAAAGGCAUAUGAUACAGCAUACGGGCCAGAAGCCGUUCAAAUGCACCGAUUGUGAUAAGGAAUUCACGAGGAAAGGCGUGCUGCUGAAGCAUCGCGCGUGCCAUGAAAACGAACAAAUGGAGGUUACGGGAAUUAGUUAGGUUUGGAGAAGGAUUCUCGACAGUGUCAUUACUCGUUUUUAAGUACAUUUAUGUAUAGAGGAAAUAAACAUCAAUUCGAACAGAAUGAAGGAAAA